AUGGCGGCCUUUCGAAAGCCGGUGUUGCUGGGUCUUCGAGACACGGCAGUGCACGGCUGCCCUACGGGACCGGAUGCCUGGACCACUAGCAAGCUGGGCGGUGUCCCGGACGCCCUGCCAGCUGUAGCCACUCCGAGGCCGGUGUGCGGACGCUGCGGACAGCUGCUCGCCCUGGCAGUGCAAGUGUACUGCCCGCUAGAAGGUUCCCCGUUUCAUCGGUUGCUGCAUGUGUUCGCCUGCGCCCGCCCCAAUUGCGACAGCGGUGGCAGCUGGAAGGUGUUCCGCUCCCAGUGCCUGCAGAUACGGGAGAAAGAGGCGCCGGACGCUCAGAAACAGGAAGAUAGCCUUGCCGCUCAGGACUGGUGUGAAGGUGCAGAUGACUGGGGAAGUGACAGUGAGGAGGUGCCUCCACCACGGGUUACUUUGGAUUUUGGAAAUGAUGCUAACAGUGCCAAACACAUAGACUGGUCAGCCCAGCUUCAAGACCUUAGCCUGCAGGAUGCUGUCCUGGAUGCUGCUCAUCCCACACCUCCUGGGGAAGAGCUGUCUUUGCCUGAGGUGCCACAGUUCCUGCCCUACUACAUCAGUGUCGUGGAUGAGGAUGAUUACAGGGACUUUGUCAAUCUAGAUCAUGCCCAUGGUCUCCUGAGGGAGUAUCAACAGAGAGAAGGAAUUGACAUGGAACGGUUGCUUUCCCAAAGUCUUUCUAGUGAUGGUGGUGAUGAAAAAUAUGAGAAGACCAUAAUUAAAAGUGGAGAUAAGAUGUUCUACAAGUUCAUGAAGAGAAUUGCAGCUUGUCAGGAACAGAUUUUGAGGUAUUCCUGGGAUGGAGAGCCACUCUUCCUGUCCUGCCUUGCACCAGAAGUCAUCGAGCUCCCAGCCUGUAGUCACUGUGGAGGCCGACGGAUAUUUGAGUUUCAACUUAUGCCAGCACUGGUCAGCAUGCUCAGAAGUGCUGACUUAGGUCUUUCUGUGGAAUUUGGAACAAUUCUAAUUUACACAUGUGAGAAAAGUUGCUGGCCUCAAAAUCAUCAUACUCCCGUGGAAGAAUUUUGUAUUGUACAAGAAGACCCAGAUGAAUUAUUCUUUAAGUAG